UUUGUUGAUUUUUUAUUCUAAACAAAAUUUUAUUCGUGUUCAUUGGAGGUUUUAGUCAAGUUCGUGAGCUGAUUGUGUGUAAUGUGUUAAUAGUAAUUUCUAAAUUGUAUUAGAUAAGUAUUAAUUAGUCGAGUGGUGAUAAGCUAAAAAUGUUUCGCACAAAGAAUUCGCGCGGCGAAGCCACUGCCGUUGAUGUUGACGGAGGUGCUGAAUUUGUGCGCAAUUAUGCAGCGGAAGAUUAUGAUGAUGACGACAACACUUUCCACAACGACCAAGACAUUCAUCGCCGAACAGUCAACAGUAAUGAAGAUAGUGAGGUUUCCGAUACAAAUGAAGGGAGCUCUGCUGAUACGCCUCUCAUUAGUGGAGUUGAAGAUGAUGGAGAGUUUCCUAAAGCACGACAUAUAUUUGGUUUAAUGGGUUUCCUUGGUUUCGCAGUAGUUUAUGCAAUGCGUGUAAAUUUGUCCGUAGCUAUCGUGGCUAUGGUGAAUCAAACAGCCAUACCUCAGGAUAACUCCACCAGCGUCGAUGAUACCUGUCCCGUACCAACACCAACUAAUACUACUACACCGUCGAAGGAGGGAGAUUUUUUGUGGGAUGAAGCAACUCAGGGACUUGUUCUAGGAUCUUUCUUUUACGGUUAUGUGUUGACGCAAGUACCUGGUGGCCGCUUAGCAGAGCUAAUGGGCGGAAAACUAAUUUAUGGCUACGGGGUGUUGAUAACAGCAAUUUUUACACUACUAACGCCUAUCGCCGCAUAUUGGAAUCUACCAAUGCUAGUGCUUGUUCGUGUGUUAGAAGGCAUGGGUGAAGGUGUCACCUAUCCAGCGAUGCAUGCAAUGUUAGCGCACUGGAUUCCACCGCUGGAACGGAACAAAUUCGCGGCCAUUGUAUAUGCUGGUUCUAACAUAGGUACAGUGAUCUCAAUGCCACUAGCAGGUUGGCUCUGCUCUUUGGACUUUCUGGGAGGUUGGCCAUCAGCAUUUUACAUAUUUGGUUUGCUUGGCAUAGUUUGGUUCAUAUUUUGGAUGUAUCUCGUAUAUGACAAGCCAAGCGUACACCCGCGUAUAUCUUACAAAGAACGUGAUUAUAUCGAGCGUAGUAUUCGUACAAUGCAACCACGCAAUUACAACGAAUUGUUGUCCGAAACCGAAGAUGAUGUAAUGCACACAACGAAUGAAGAGAUACCGUGGAGUUCGAUUUUCACAUCACUGCCACUAUGGGCAAUCCUAAUCACACAAUGCGGACAGAGUUGGGCAUUUUAUACCCAAUUGACCGAACUACCUACAUAUAUGAGUAACAUACUGCACUUUGACAUACAGUCGAACGCAAUGCUGAAUGCCAUACCUUACUUCACCAGCUGGAUAGUGGGUAUUUUGUGCUCCGGCUUGGCCGAUUGGAUGUUGGAACGUCGCUACAUUUCGCUACUCAACUCCUACAAGUUAUGGAACUCAAUAGCGUCCAUUAUACCAUCGAUUGGACUGUUGGCUACAGCUUAUGUCGGCUGCAAUUGGGUUUGGGUCACUGUGAUGUUGGCCGGUGUUGGUUCCUUUGGUGGCGCAGUGUAUGCAGGCAAUCAAAUGAAUCAUAUUGCGCUAAGUCCACGCUAUGCGGGCACUAUGUAUGGCCUAACCAACUCGGCGGCCAACAUAUGCGGCUUCUUAGCGCCAUAUGUGAUCGGCAUAAUCAUAAAUCACCAUGAGACAUUGGCACGUUGGCGUAUUGUGUUCUGGCUGGCGGCAGCAGUAAAUAUCGGUGGAAAUUUCAUCUAUUUAAUAUUCGCCAGCGCCACUGAGCAGAGUUGGUCACGCAAUCCGCGUCUGGGUGCAGCCAACAGUGUGCGCUCUUAAGUU